AUGGAGCUGGCGCAAAUUGAUAUGAGCGGCCAGCGCUGCCGCAAGGGUGGCGGCCGACUUACUGCCUACAUCUCGACAGCCACUCAAGAUGGUGCGGUCUCCGUGGCUGAGCUGGCUGCUCCAGGAGAGAUUUCAGCAGCAGUGGAGGCUGCCCUGUUACAGGAGCCCGAUCUGGCAGUCUCCAACAGUCCCCUGGAGUAUAGCUAUCACUCACUCACAAAUUUACACUCUCAUGUAUGCUUAUUAUUGUAUCUCUUUUUAGUUUUCCUCACGGGAGGAAAAGCAAAUACGGUACUAAAACGCUACCCAAGAGCUAAUGGACUUUUUGAAGAAAUAAGACAGGGAAAUAUUGAGCGUGAAUGCAAAGAAGAAUUCUGCACAUUCGAAGAAGCAAGAGAAGCUUUUGAAAAUAAUGAAAAAACUAAAGAGUUUUGGAACACCUAUACAAAAGCGCAACAAGGUGAGAGUAACAGAGGAAGUGACUGGUUUCAAUUUUACCUCACCUUUCCAUUAAUCUUUGGCCUCUUUAUUAUCCUACUUGUCAUUUUCCUAAUCUGGAGAUGCUUCCUAAGAAACAAAACUCGCAGACAGACAGUGACUGAAGAUCACAUCCCUUUCCCUCAGCACCUUAAUAUUAUCACUUCACCUCCCCCACCAGACGAAGUGUUUGAUAGCAAUGGAAUGUCGCCAGGCUUUCUGGAAUAUGUAGUUGGGCGCUCAGAUUCUGUCUCCACUCGCCUUUCCAACUGCGAUCCUCCACCAACCUAUGAGGAAGCUACAGGACAGGUGAACCUUCAGAGGAUUGAAACAGAACCUCAUUUAGACCCACCCCCGGAUUAUGAGGACAUCAUCCACUCCAACUCAGCCAGUGCCAUUGCUAUGGUGCCUGUGGUCACCACCAUCAAAUGAAACAGCAAACUUCUUUUUACUAUAAUCGUUUUUAGAAUACAAAUAAAAGAACUGUCUACCACUUUACCACUA